AUGGAUCCGAAAGUAAAUGACAAAUUUGCUGAGUGGUUGAACAUGAGAUAUGGUUCAAUCCAGGCAUGUAAAAUUGUCAGAGGAAAGAUACAAAGAUAUCUUGGAAUGACUUUGGAUUUCUCGGUGAAAGGAAAACUCAAGAUCCGCAUGGACGACUAUGUCAAGAACAUGUUGGAAGAUUUUCCUAUCAAGUUCAACAAGGAUUCAAAGCAGGAAGCACCAGCUGGUAACAAUUUACUGGAAGCUGGUAAAGGGAAGUUACUCAGUGCUGAGUACCGUCAGAUCUUCCAUACUACUGUUGCAAGGGGACUUUAUAUCUCUAAGAGAGCUCGUUUGGAUAUCCAUCCAACAAUUACUAUUCUUGCCUCAAGAGUUUGA